ACGAGUUAGUAGUACGGAAGCCCGGAAGGGAUGCUAGGAACCUGAAGCGGGGAAGUCGAAGUGGAGCAGGGGGGUACAAUGGCGGCGGGGCCUGGUGUUUCUAUGCAGAGCUGCAGCCCUGCGAGGGAACUUUCUGUUUCAGUUCAGCAGGGAGGAAAUCAGACUCAUGGCGAUCGGGUUAAAACCGAAGAAGUAACGGAAGCAGAGAAGCAGAGUCGCAUGGCUGCUCUGCUGGAGAGGCUUCAUGCCAAACACAAUGCUUCCCGGCCAUGGCAGGAGACCUGCAAGGUUGUUCGUCAGGCUAUGGAGAAACGCGGUGUGAUGAAUGCAGCAGGUCACCAGCUCCUGCUCAACUGUCUGGAGACCCUGCAGAGAGCUUUGAAAGUCUCAUCACUUCCCUCCAUGACAGAUCGUCUGGAAUCCAUUGCUCGACAAAACAUGCUGGGCUCCCACCUGAGUCCCUCUGGAACGGAGUGCUACAUCACAAUGGACAUGUUUUAUGUGGAGGUGCAGCUAGACACCAGUGGCCAGCUAGUGGAUGUUAAAGUGGCUCAUCAAGGAGAAAGCCCCACGAGUUGUCCUGAGCUUUUUCAGCAUUUAAGGGAAAAGAACUUUGAAGAGUUUUCUAAACAUCUCAAGGGACUUGUUGAUUUAUACAAGCUUCCUGGAGACAAUAAACUGAAAACCAAGAUGUACAUAGCACUCCAGUCUUUGGAGCUUGAUCUUACAAAGAUGAUGCACAUGUUUAGGUUAGCUACCAAUGCUAAUACAGUAGAAACUAUUCUGCAUGGGAGUGUGGGCUUGCUGACAGCCAGAAGUGGUGGUCACCUUGUUUCUCUCCAGUGCUAUGUGUCCCCUUAUGACAUAUUUGAAGAGGGAACAGGCACACAGCUCAACCUAAUGGACAACAAUGUGCCGCGCUCUCUGGGUGUCAGUGUCUCUGUUACAAUUGAAGGAACCUCCUCUGUCUAUAAGCUCCCAAUUGCUCCACUGAUCACAGGAUCCCACCCUGUUGACAACAAGGGGACACCUUCCUUUUCCACUGUGACCAACUCCAACUGUGUGGACCUGCCAGCUUGUUUUUUCCUUAAGAUGAACCAACCCACACCCUUUUCACUCUCUUUUAUCCAGAGGAUGGGCAAUGCUACUUCCAUCCCAGUGUUUGAGACCCCACCAAUCUUGUCACCUCUCUACCAGUUAAUUGUCCAGAGCCAGCUCCAACGUCUUGAGGAGGGCAGCUCCCAGCCUCCACCCCCACACAACAUGCACUUUUAUUCUGUGUUACCUGAUCAGCAGCACUGUUACUUCCUGAAUGGCGAUGCUCCAGUGCAAGAUGGUCGAUCUCUUCAAGGAGCACUGGUGUCCAAGAUCCCCUUCCGCCACCCGGCACAAGUACCAUUCUUGUUGGAUAUCAUUCGGCAUCAGGCAGCCUAUAACACCUUGAUUGGCAGCUGUGUGAAGCGGACUUCUAUCAAAGAAGACAGUGCAGGCCUGCUGCAGUUUGAGGUGUGUCCUCUUACUGACUCAAGUUUCAGCGUUUCUUUCCAGCAUCCAGUGAAUGAGUCCCUGGUCUGUGUGGUGAUGGAGGUGAUUGACUCCAGACAGGUAUCCUGCAAGCUAUAUAAAGGAGUGUCAGAUGCUCUAAUCUGCACUGAUGAAUUCAUCACCAAAGUGGUCCAGAGAUGCAUGUCCAUCCCUGUAACCAUGAGAGCAAUUCGAAGGAAAGCAGAAACCAUUCAAGCAGACACUCCAGCCCUUUCCCUAAUUGCACAAACCGUGGAGACUAUGGUGAAAAACAACCUUCCACCCUCUGGUAGUCCCACCUAUAAUAUGGUAACAGCUGAUGGAUCUAAUCCCAUGGGACUGCCUGGGCUUACAGGGGGCAACACACCUACUGGAGGAGGGCCCAAUUUUACAGGUCCAAUCACUUCUCUGUAUGGGAUGUCCCGAACUGACAGGCAAGCUCAAGGAGGAGAGUGCCUAACCCCAGGAGCUGUGGCUAGCCAGCAACAGAUGCAGCAACAACAGCAGCAAGGUCAAGGCCAUUCAGAUGACUAUAGCAAAGUCACACAAAAUCCCAUACUAACAAGUCUGUUACAGAUAACUGGAAGUGUGGGUUCUAGUCCCAGCUCCCAGAAUGCACCACAGCCCCACCAAACUCCACCUCCAACAUCUUCCCCUGCCAGCAACACCAAGAAUCACCCCAUGCUGAUGAACUUGUUGAAAGACAAUCCCACUCAAGAUUUUGCUUCCCUGUAUGGGUCUAGUCCAUUAGAGAGACAGAAUUCUUCUGGUUCUCCACGGACAGAAGGCAUGGGCGGAACCUGCCCUGGAGGUAGCACGAAGGGAAAAAAGAAGCGCCCACGGGGGAAUGAAAAGGGUGGCAUGCUGCCUGGAACAGCUGCUGGUGUUGGAGGCGGUAGCUUAGGCAUGAAAUCUCAACAGUCAUCUUCCAUGCCACAGCACCACCAGCACCAUCAAGUCACUCACGAGGAUGAUUUCCACCGUGAGCUCCUCUCUAUGGAUGUGGACGCAUCUCAGAAUUCUAUCUAUGAUGUUAACCUGACCAGUGAUGGCUUAGACACGCCCCAUAGCAUUACUCCUGCACCAAGCCAGUGUGGAACACCACCAUCUGGUCCCAGCAUGCCUUAUUCACAGUCUCAUGUCCAGUCUCAGCAACAGCAGCCACCAGGUACCGUACCACCUCGUAUGGUCCGUCUCUCCAGCUCUGAUAGUAUUGGACCUGAUAUCACAGAAAUCUUGUCAGAUUUACCUGAACAAACUGGCAAAGGCAGUGGUGGGAGCCAUGGGCAGCAUCUAAUGGGCAGCGGUGGGGAGGAUGGAGGCGCACUAGGUACCCCUAUCCGUGACUCUUCGAGUUCAGGUCAGGGUAGUGCAGUGUUUGACUCAGCAGAUAUUUUCAAUACCAACAGCAAUGAGAAUCCCUUCACAGACCCCGCUGACCUGAUUGCUGAGGCGGCCGGAACUGUUACCACUCCCACCAGUGACUCUUCUUCUACCAACUUCUUCCCUGAUGCCGCGGACUUCAACCCUGACCUUCUUACCUCAGGCCAUGGUUUCUCCCAGAGCUACUUUGAUGACAGUUCUCCAAGUGCUGAUGGAGACAUGGACCUUGUCAAGAGUUUUGGGGGAGGUAGCCAGCAGAAUACCCCAUCAGGAACGCCUCAAAAUCCUACUCCACAUGGACAGAGCACUCCAGAGCCUUCACUAAAGGAGCCUUUUGAUAUUGGGAUGGUGUUUGGAGGCAACAGUGGUAGUGGUAAACCACUUCUGGGACAAGCUCCUGAUUUAGGAGACACACAUGGUGGAGGGUCCCAGAGCCCCCUUUUGAGCAUGGGCCUUGGAGGAGCAUCUGGUGAACCAAAAGUUAAACAACAACAGGUUCUCAUGCGGCCAAAAGAUGAGAAUGGGGGCAGCGGUGGGAGCAGUUCUGGGAUGGGAAUCGGGAGCAGCUCAACAGAGGGAAAACAGGUGAAGCGUAGCAGGACGCCAUCCAGUGAGGGAAAAUCUAAAGAUAAACCUCCCAAACGCAAAAAGCUCGAUCCUGAUGGAAAAUCCCCUUCUCACAGCUCAGGGGGACGGCCUUAUACACCACCUAGUGGUGGCUCAGGCUCUGGUAGCAGCAUAAGUGGAGGCGGUUCCAAGUCUCCUGGUAGCUCAGGACGGUCACAAACCCCCCCUGGAGGUGCCACACCUCCAAUUCCCAAAAUCACUAUUCAGAUCCCCAAAGGGACCAUAACUGGGGGCAAAACCUCUUCCCAUAGUGGAUACACCUCCAGCAGUUCAGCCACAAGCAGCACAGGAGGAACUGGAGGAACCAGCAGCAGCAAAAGCCAUCAUUCACACUCAUCGUCCUCUGGAAAGAUCAAAUCCAAGGAAGGCUCCAUGACACAAGGCAACAGCUCCAAACCAGGGAGUGGAGGAAGUGGGCCAUCCCAGUCUAAAGGCUCCUCCCAAGGGAUGGGUGUUGGCAAGCCAGGAUCUUCACCAAUCACCAAACAUGGCCUGUCUGGGCCUGGAGGUACUGGCGGAGGAAUAGGAAGUAGUAAUAAAGUUAAGCCUCAGGGGGGCAAGCCUCCUGGUUCACUUAUGAAUCCCAACAUAAAGCCCAACAUUUCACCUUCCCAUUCUCGUUCCAGUAGCUCUGGUGAAAAAUUAUCCUCCCCUAUGAAGAUGCAGCAGUCCCAGGUUCCAGGAACUCCACCUUCUUCCAAGGCCAAAUCCCCCAUGGGCUCAGGAGGUGGCAGCUCCGGAGGGUCCAAGUCUUCUUCUGGUGGAGGCAUGAGCUCACAGAAACCAGCUGGGGGAAGCUCUUCAUCUGGUUCUUCAUCUUCUUCAUCAUCCUCCAGUUCCUCGUCAUCUUCAGGUUCAGUUGGCUUCUCAGGAGGCUCUCAGUCUCAGUAUGGCAGUGGUGGAGGGGGAAGUGGUGGAGGUGGUGGAGGAGGCAGUGCAAGUGGGGGUGGAGGUGGCAGUGGUGGAGGGGCUGGCCAGAAUAAUGCAAAUAACCCAAACGCCAAAGGAAAGUCUCCUAGCCGUAACAAGAAACCCUCUCUAACAGCAGUCAUAGACAAGCUGAAGAGUGUUGGAGGAGGAGGAGUAGGGGAGGAUGGUUGUGAGGUAGGGCCACCAGUAGGGGGAGCUGGUUCGUCAUCUACUCCUGGCGGUGGGUCUGGAAAUGUUCCCAGUGGGCCUUCAAACAUGGCACCAUCCAAGCAUGUCUCAUCCUCUCAAAGUGGUGACUAUAAGCGGGAAAAGUCUGAUAAAGAGGCAAAGGCAAAAGUGUCAGUGUCAGGGGGGAGCAGUGGGGAUAAAAAGUUGAUGGACCCAAAAACAGGUGGGGUAGGUUCGACUGCUUUGGCCAAGAUUAUAAUUAGCAAACCAGACGGUGGCUCUCCAAGUAUCAAGGCUAAAGUGACCCUACAGAAAGCAGGAGAAGGAUCUGGUGACAAUAUGCGUCCUCAGAUUUCUAGCCUGAAAGCUUCUCCACUCUUCAGUGGCUCGACUCCCAAACAUGACCGCUCCUCCCCCAGUCACAGCCGCUCACCAGGAUAUACCCCACUUAACCAGGAUAGUGAGAGCGAGUCAGGAAGCAGCUCAGUGGCUGAAAAGUCUCACCAGAACAGCCCCAGCUCGGACGAUGACCAGACCAUGCGCCCACUUCCUCCCCAGGACUACAUGAGCUCUAUUCCCCUUAGCUCAGGUGAGAAACAUAAGAAACACAAGAAGGAGAAAAAGAAGCAGAAGGAGAGGGAACGGGAGAGGGACAGAGACCGAGAACGGGACAGGGACAAAGAGAAAAAGAAAUCUAUGUCAAUGGGGCCGUCUUCUCAUCCAAUAAAAUCGGACAGUUGGUCAAGGUCUCCCAUCUCAGCUUCAGAUUCAUCUUUGUCCAUGUUAAGUUCAGAUCGGCCUUCCCGGCCGAGCCCAAUGUAUAUGAGAAAUGAAGAUGAUGACCUCAUGGACUCAGCCCUCACCGGCAACCUUUAAUUUGAUGUAGAAAGUGCUUUGAUUUCACUCAUUUGUUGUCAAAUUUUAACCCAUUCCUUUUAAAACGUAAAGUAAACUUCUAUUUAUUUCAAUCAAGCUGCAGAUUAGAGCUGGAUAUAGGAAUAUUAAAGCUCUGUAGCUGAUCAUUGAACUGUUAAAGCUGUAUUUUAGUUUUGUAUUUUACUGUAUGAAUACCGAUGUAUGAUGUCGGGGUGGUUAGGAUGCCAGGUGUAUGUGAAUGUGAACACUACACAUAAAAAGCCACCUCCGAAUUGAGAAAUUAACCAUUUUUGUCUUUCCUGUGAUGUCAGAUGUUUUUAUUUUUUUUAGUACGUUUCCCCAUUUCUUUAUCCAUGUAAUCCAUGUACAUUCUGCUUCUGUCAUAAAAAACAAUGGGUUGCUAUUAUACAGUAUGACAUCUAUUGGAAGUUAUUGUAAAGACAGAAAGGUACAGCAUUUACUUGCCUUGUUUUUCACAAAACCUUCAAAUUUGUAGAUUUUUGAUACAUUUUAAAUUGUUAACGAGUAAAUUAGUGAAGGUAAAAAGACUGUAACUGAUAAUGAUGAUGAUGAUGAUGCUGAUGGUGGAGUAAAAGAGACAUGCAGUUAUUUUUUAUAACUGGAAUUGUUUUUGAAGGUUGGAAUAAAAAUUUCACAUGUGAACCCUAUGUGGCACUAGAUGGCA